AUAUAUACAAAUUUUAUAUCCUCCAAUAAUUGAUCAAGAAUAUAUAUACUUUCAUUUUUAUUUAUAUAUUACCACUACUCUUUCAUGUCUCCUUCCAAUUUUUCUUUGUCUUCAAAUACUAUUCCAAUCUCAAACGAAAGAGUAUUUUGUCUCUUUUCUCUUUCUUCUUCAUUUUCAUCAUCCUCUUCAAUCAUCUCUGAUUCUUUUCUUCUGUUCGAUUCAUUGCGUUCUUUACCAAAUUUUCUUUUGGUCUUGUUAACAAUAUCAUCUUACAUUUUUUAUAGAAGUGUUUCAGUUCUUUAUAAGUAGACAGAUUUUUAUUGUUGCGUCGGAUUCUUGAGCAUGGCUACAAGAUUCAAGGGGCUUUAUAACAAGAGCUUCAAAUGUUUCUCCGACAUUUUUGAUGUGGAGGAGGAGGAGGAGAUGGAAAUUGGUUAUCCGACCGAUGUUCGACACGUGUCACAUAUCGGUUGGGAUAGUUCAUCAAGUAGUGCACCUAGUUGGCUACAUGAAUUCAAGACGAGCAACAAUGUUUUAGAGCCAAACUCAUCGUGGCCAUUUCAAGAUUUGAAGUCAGCGAUGGAGGCAUUUGGAGAAGUUGAAAGCAGCAAAGAAAUGGAAAGAGAAUCAACUAAACAAAAUCUGAAGAAGAAACUCUCUUCAAAAGCUUCUCUAUUGUGUAAUUCAUGGUCACCAAGAUUCUCAAGAUCAAGCAAGGUCCUGGCUUAAUUAUUUUUCAUUUUAAUUUAAUUUCCCAUGCCAUUGUUUAUAUAAUAAUAUAUAGAGCGUAUAGUAAGAUAUCAAUCUUAAUGUUUUCAUUCGAGAUACGUAUGUCUUUUCACAAGUGUGUACAAAUUAAUAUUCAUACUGUCUUCGCAAUGAUAUUGGGAUGGUUUUACUAAUUUCACAAAUUAUUGUUUCAAAAAGUAUCCAUUAAGAAAACUUUCACAAAUCUA